GGAAGACAUAGGCCAGUUCAGCAAAGGAAAACAAGUGUACAUGUGUGCGAAACCGGUGGCGUGUUGGUUAAUAACGUGAAGCGAUGCAGUGCCAGUCCAGACUACAGAAACAGAGCCAGGUUUACAUGGGAUCCCACUGACAUAGGAGGGGUUUGCGCUUUUCAGGCUGUUUAAAAUCACUACAAGUCAGCAUGUCUCAUCGAGGACCUUUAACUGCUGUCAUAACAACAGUACUAGGGGCAACCUUGGGAGGGCUGCUGAUAUGGCGAGUUUACCGAACGAAAAGGAAGAGGCUGCCUUCCAUCCAGAAGGUGGCUGAUCCUGUGGAGGCUCCACAGCCUGUGGAAAAGGAGUUCACUGCUGUGGAGUGUCAGUACAUCCAACCGCAAAACCUUCCAGAGAAGGAAUUCAAGGCUGUGGAGUGUCAGACCACACAACUGCCCGCUCCUGCACGGAUACCUUCCUCUGAGCAGCUGCUGGGGGUGAAACCAGUGAUGGUGAGCUCUGAGGAGGAAUGGCAGCAGCUGUGGCCACUGAUGCAGAAGGAGCUGUCAGUCUUCCCUGUGCUGGGGCUUGACUGUGAAUGGGUAAAGACUAAAGGCGUCUCGGUGAAGGGCCAAGCCUCUGCGGUCUCCCUGUUACAGAUGGCUUCAUAUUCAGGUCUGUGUGUCCUGGUGAGGCUGCUGCCCUUUCGCAGGGGUCAGCAGCCAUUCCCGCUCAGCUUAAUGGACGUCCUCCGAGACCCGCACAUUCUGAAAGUUGGUGUUGGUUGCUAUGAAGAUGGGAAGCGUCUGACGCGUGACUACGGUCUGUCCCUGACGUGUACUGUCGACCUGCGCUAUCUUGCCUUGAGACAAAGGCAAGCUACAGUGAAUAAUGGCCUCAGUCUGAAGUCUCUGGCAGCAGAUCUGUUGAAUGUGUCUCUAGAUAAAUCUCUGGAGCUGCGCUGCAGUGACUGGGAGGCGGAUCAACUGACGCUGGAGCAGAUGACUUACGCUGCCAGAGAUGCCCAAGUUUCCAUCGCUCUCUUCCUCCAUCUCCUUGGCCUCCGCUCUGAAGCCGGACCCGCCUCUUCCAGCGGGAGCUCCUACUCUGAUUUGGCCGCCCGCUGCCAGGGCCUGGUGGACGUGCCCUUCAGGGGCCGAGGGGACGGAGACGACAGGGCCGCUGAUGGAGAGAGGAGGCGAAGGACACGGAAACCGCCCACUUAUGAAAGCCCAGAGUCUGGAGAUCAGCAAGUCCCAGACCCUCGAAAGAAUAACAAGAGGAAACCGCUGGGUGUGGGAUAUUCUGCCAGGUGUGGGGAGUUUACACAGAAACCAAGAAACAGUUUGGCACAACUGCUUAUGAUUAACCAGUUUUUAUUAAAUCUUUAUAAAAAAAAUUUCAUCACUGUGACACAUGAGUUUGGGGCAUCGACUGGGCAGCAGCAUGAAAACUGCAGAUGCAAGAUGUUGGUUCCAUACUCAUGUCUUUUCUUCUUCUGUUUCAUACAUGUUUUAAUAGAACCAUUAAGCCACUGUCCCUGUUACAGGAAGUCUCCCCUUUAUGAUAACUGCUUCCUCCAUGCUCCUGAUGGCCAGCCUCUGUGUACCUGUGACAAGAAGAAAGCCAAAUGGUACCUAGAUAAAGGAAUAGGAGUGCUUCAGAGUGAAGAUCCUUUUGUUGUGAGGCUGCUGUUUGAGCCAUCAGGACGUCCUGACUCCCAGCAGGACUAUUAUCUCACUGCCAAGGAGAAUCUGUGUGUGGUCUGCGGCAAAGCAGAUUCCUACAUCAGGAAAAAUAUCGUGCCACAUGAGUACAGACGACAUUUUCCCACAGAGAUGAAGGACCACAAUUCCCACGACAUCCUGCUGCUCUGCACCAGCUGCCACGCCGCCUCCAACGUGCACGACAGCUUCCUGAAGCAGCAUCUGGCCGAAGAGUUCGCCGCCCCUCAGGGCUGCGAGGAGGGAGUUCGCCUGCUGGAGGACUCGGACCGACGGCGGGUGCGUUCAGCAGCUCGGGCUCUGCUCACAGCUGGGGACGGACUGCCGGAGCAGCGACGGGAGGAGCUGGAGGCUUUGAUCAAGAGUUUCCUCAACACGAACGAGAGGCAGGAGCUGACGAACGAGGUGCUGCAGCAGGCUGCCGGUUUGGAGACGAGGAUAUUCAACGAGGCGUACGUGCCUCACGGCCUGAAGGUGGUGCGAGCUCACGCUGAGAAGGGCCUGCGGGGCCUGAUGGACCUGGAGCGCCGCUGGAGGCAGCACUUCCUCACCACCAUGCAGCCUCGUCACCUCCCUCCUCUCUGGUCCGUCGACCACAACCACAGCAAGUUCCUCCGCAAGUACGGAGAGGACCUGCCCAUCAAGCUCAACUGACCGUCAGCCUCCACAAAGCAGCCACAGACUCACCUGCUGCUCAGAGUGCCAGGUGAAAUUGAAACUUCCGCAGCCACACUGUCAAUUUUACAAGCCAAGCUUUGUAGCGAGCAGACGAAUGCACUGAUCAACCACCCCGGACCAAAACGCUACCAGCAUGUGGCGGCUGUCGAGUUCCCGUUCGUGAUGAGUGUGUGAGUGAACGCGCUCGAUCUGUGAUGGACGGUGGACGACGUUUCACUCUUUUGUGCCAGUGGGACGCUGCUCGGCUGCCAUGUGGACCCUGAGUGGACUUCAGCAGAGACUCUCCCUGUGGAGAGGAACGCCAGCACUGAACCAGAAGAACACUUUGCAACACUAUGGUGGACAUGAUGUAACUGCGUAUGGACACUUUUUUUUUUUUACUAUGGGAAAUGAAUAAUUAUUUAUGAAAAUGGUUAAGAUAUUGAAAUUUAUGAACAGAUUUUUAGAAAAAGCUGCAGCCUGCUCUUACUUGCCCCUUAAAUUGAAUUAACCCCCCACAUCCCCCCUGCAGGUUAGCAGCUUAUUACCUCUGUUAGAGAGAAUAAAUGAUUUGCUUUGUAGAGAGAGGGUCAUUUUAAUAUGACCUUAAAUUAUCUGGCUCCACCCUGCUUCUGUUUCAGUCUGUUGUCUGUUUUAAGCCAAUAGAUGAAGGAUGAGUUUCCCAGAAGCAGCUUGAGAUCAAAUUUCAUCUUUGGCCAUUUUGCUUUUUUAAAAGAUGAGUUUGGUCUCGAGGUGCCUUUAAGCCUGAAUGUGUUCCAUCCCGGUGUUUAGGUUUUUUUUUUUUGCAGGAGGAGACGAGCGCUAGCAGACAGAGAAACGUUGGCUCGUUUAGUUGAUCAUUUAAACUCAUGAUGUCCAUGUCCUGCUGCUGAUUCUCCCGAUGGUUGGGACAUCUCCAUGGCUCAUGUUUUAAUGUGCCUCUUAAUCCCCAAACCUGACCGGAGACUCGUCACAGCCUCAGGACAUGACCUCGUUUCAGUUUACAGCAGUUUCACUACGACGUCGUUUUACAGAAUCCAAAAUGCACAGUGAGGAAAAAGUGCCAACGUUGAUGUGAUUUAAGAAAAUUACCUUAAAACCACCCCCCCUUUGCAAGGCAGAUUUUUUUGUCUGAGAGUGAUGAAUUUAUUUGCAAUAUAUGAAACUGUAAGUUAUUAUGGAAACAGCUGCUUUGUCUUUCUUCGUAUUUUCCUGGAUGUAAAGCCCUGAAGCUGUUUUGCUUUUCCUAAAUUAUGAAUGUUAAAGAAUAAAUAAAAGUCAUGUUUG